AUGUUGCUGAUGCAAGAUCUGGUGCAAUGGCUCGAAUCGCCUGACGCGACAGAUGACGACCAAAGCACCAUCGACAGCGCAUGGCAAUCGGACCCCUUCGAGCACAGGGAUUUCGAAACGGCUGCGAAGCUCGUGGAAGGUGCCCUGCAUCGUAACCUCAGCCUCGUGACGCAGCAGCAGGGCCAGUUCGAAGCAGCUGUCUGGCACGCCAAUGCCUCUCUGGAGGCUGAGCCAGGCAACCUCAAGUCGAGAUAUCGGCGUGCUGCGGCCUUGAUGCACCUGAACCGUCGAGGUGAAGCAGAGGCCGACCUGAGGGCGAUUCUGACCCAAGAGCCGAGAAACGGCGAUGCCCAGCGCCUGCUGCGGUGUGCCCGUAGCCCUGCGCCGGGCCAGGAGGAGACCGAGUCAGAUGCUCCAAAAGCCUGUGGCUGCAGCGUUUGCCAGCUCUGGAAAGACCAGCUUCUGGGCAGCACCGCAGCCGAGCUACUGAAAUCAGGAGCCAAAGGGCUUCUCACCCGACGAGAUGCGCAAGGUCGCACAGCUCUACACCUUGCAGUGUUGGAGCAAGAGGGCUCGACCGGGUCUUCCCCCCGCGGUAGGAAUCGAGCUUCCAGGUGCCCUGGGCUCGUGGAAGCACUGCUCGACGCCGGCGCAGAGGUGGAGCUUGCCGAUGUGGACGAAAGGACGCCGCUGCACUUGGCGGCCGUUGAGGGAAGAACGCAGGCCACUAGCCUUCUGCUGGAUGCCGGAAGCUCGCCAGACACGCUGGACCGCUACUCGCCUGGUACCAUGCCAUGCUAUCAGCUCGAAGAUCUCAGCGACCUGUCGACUUCAUGA